UUCAGGUAGUAGUGUUCUGGAAGAAAAUGUCGAUUGCCGAGUCAUGGAAUACGUUGCUCCAUGCAUGCCGCAAGAAGAAUAAGCACAAUUUACAAGUGGAUACAACAAGAUGACCAGUAUUGUUAUUUUUGACUUGUAAAAUCUCUUCGCGUAAAACGGGUUAUUUGUUGGAAGCUUCAAUUCACUAAAUUGCUUUCCAGCACCAGCUUGUCUUGAGAAUCUCCCAGCCACCAUGGUAGUAGUGCAAAGCUACUGUGAGGCCGGCGCUUCCAUCUCUGAAGCCUGGCUGGAGGGCGGCAUCUCGCCCUGCUUCUACUUCACCCUGUUGCCCACCGUCCUGCUUACCCUCUCCUCCUUCUUCGGCACCUUCCACUGCGUCUGCUACCGCCGCUACAGCACCGAGAUGGAGCCCAAGUUCGUGCCGCGCUCGCGCCUCUAUGGCCUCCAACUGGCAGUCUCCCUGCUCCUCCUGCUGCAGUUCCUGGGGGGGCUGGUCUGGAGGGUGGCCGGAGGAGGGGAGCUCCCUGGCUACGUGGUGCUGUACGGUCUCCUGUCCAUGCUGGGCUGGGCCUGGGCCGUGGCCCUGCUAAGGCUGGAGAGGAGGAGGGUGCUGGUGAGGGACCGGACAAGGGGCCACAGCACGGUGCUGCUGCUCUUCUGGGCUGUGGCAUUCUCAGCGGAGAACCUGGCCUUCGUCUCCUGGGCCAGCCCCAACUGGUGGUGGGGCCUGGAGAACACACAGCAGCAGGUGGAAUUUUCUCUGUGGUUGAUGCGCUACGUCGGCACGGGAACACUCUUCUUCCUGGGCCUGAAGGCCCCGGGAUUACCACGGAGACCGUACAUGCUCCUGAUCAACGAGGACGAACGUGACGUGGAGGGCGGCACUGGCCAGCUCCAGUUGGAUGGGGCAGAGGAAUCCCAGUCUACCUGGCAGGGCUUUGGGCAGAAGGUGCGUCUGCUGGUGCCCUACAUGUGGCCCAGAGGCAGCAUGCUGUUACAGGGCCUGGUGCUCCUCUGCCUGUGCCUGCUGGGUCUGGAGAGGGUCAUCAAUGUCUUUGUGCCCAUCUACUACAAGAACAUUGUGAAUGAUCUGACUGAUGGAAGCAGCUGGAAGACCUUGGCCACCACUGUGUGUGUCUACGUCUUGCUCAAGUUCCUGCAAGGUGGAGGGGCAGGUGCGUCCGGCUUCGUCAGUAACCUGCGCUCCUUCCUGUGGAUCCGCGUGCAGCAGUACACCAACCGCGUGGUGCAGGUGCGUCUGUUCGGCCACUUACACUCACUGUCUCUGCGCUGGCACCUGGGCCGACGCACCGGGGACGUCCUGCGUAGCAUUGACCGCGGCACCUCCUCCAUCAACAGCCUGCUCAGCUAUAUUGUAUUCAGUAUCUUCCCCACCAUCGCAGAUAUCGUCAUCUCCAUCAUCUACUUCAUCACUUACUUCAACGCCUGGUUCGGACUCAUCGUAUUCGUCUGUAUGUUCCUCUACCUCACCCUUACCAUCAUCAUCACAGAAUGGAGGACCAAGUACAGGCGAGACAUGAACACCCAGGACAACAACGCAAAGUCCAAGGCGGUGGACUCCCUGCUCAACUUUGAGACGGUGAAGUACUACAACGCAGAGAAUUACGAGGUGAACCGUUUUGAGGACGCUAUUCUGAAGUAUCAGAUCUCAGAAUGGAAGACACAAGCCUCUCUGGCCUUCCUGAACCAGACACAGAACCUGAUCAUCGGUUCAGGCCUACUGGCCGGGUCACUGCUCUGUGCCUACUUUGUCCAGGAGGGCAAGUUUAAGGUUGGAGACUUUGUCCUCUUCGGCACCUACAUCAUCCAGCUCUACACCCCUCUAAACUGGUUUGGAACCUACUACAGAAUGAUCCAGAACUCCUUUAUCGACAUGGAGAGCAUGUUUAAGCUCUUUACAGAGGAAGAGGAGGUGAAGGAUGCGGUGAACGCAGGGAACCUUCUCUAUAAACUGGGAAAAGUGGAGUUUGAGAAUGUAUACUUUAACUACACUGACGGGAAGGAGAUCCUUAAGGAUGUAUCAUUUACUGUGCAGCCAGGCCAGACUGUUGCAUUGGUUGGCCAGUCAGGGUGUGGUAAGAGCACCAUCCUUCGCCUGCUCUUCCGUUUCUAUGACGUCCAGGGAGGAUGCAUCCGCAUCGAUGGCCAGGACAUCUCUAAGGUGAAGCAGGUGUCUCUGCGUGCCCACAUCGGUGUGGUGCCCCAGGACACGGUCCUCUUCAACGACAACAUCCGCAACAACAUCCGCUACGGACGCAUCUCUGCCAGUGACCACGAAGUGGUGGAGGCAGCUAUCGCCGCGGACAUUCACGAGAAGAUCCAGACGUUCCCAGAAGGAUACGACACCCAGGUGGGCGAGAGGGGUCUGAAGCUGAGUGGGGGGGAGAAGCAGAGGGUGGCUAUCGCCCGCACCAUCCUCAAGGCCCCUCAGAUCAUCCUGCUGGAUGAGGCCACAUCUGCUCUAGACACACAGACGGAGCGCAACAUUCAGGCGUCGCUAACCAAAGUGUGCUCCAAUCGGACCACCAUCGUCGUGGCUCACAGGUUGUCGACCAUCAUCGGUGCCGACCAGAUUCUUGUUCUAAGUGACGGUCAGAUAGCAGAGCGAGGACGGCAUGAUGAGCUGCUGGCUAAGGAAGGGUUGUACUGUGACAUGUGGAUGAAGCAGCAACAGGCACAGGACUCAGCCUCUGACACAGAAGCCAAAGACAGGAAGUCUGAGAAACUACAGCCCCCAUCAGUCACUGCAGGCCACAGGAGCCACUGAGGCUAGAGUGAGAGGUCAAGGAUAUGUAGACAUUGUGAGGAGACAGAGGAGGACAAAGAGGGAUGCAGGGAGAGGAUUAGAUACCUCAAAAGGCUGUUUUGUCUUUUUUAGGGUAUCUGUCCAUUGAGGUUAAUUCUGUUAUGAGUGAAGUUUUAAGCACAUAUUUAUUGGGUAUUUUAUGUUUGAUCAUUCAAUCAAAAUGUUUGUGCCAUGAAUGCCUCAGGCCAGUUGUUUUUAAGUGUAUUCAGGAUCGUGUUCAUUUGGUUAAUUAACAGAAAAUGUUUUAAAACGUUUUGUUUCUUAUUGGACAUGUCCAGGUAGUCCCUCCUUAUUGCAGUCUGUUUUGACCUGUUUCGUGCGUAAUUAAUAUCCAAUGCAAAAAACAUCUACAUUUAAAUUGAGUCAGAUGCUCGAUAAAGUUCUGGGGAGAGACGUGUUGGAAAAGACACUAGAAUGAGCAGCGGAAGCAGGGCUGUAGCCUCCCCACACACACACUUUCUGCAAGUUACGGGCAAGUUUAGAAGCCAAAUGUUCCCUCCCCUUCCAAAAUUUGAACGAUGCAAACACCUGCAAAAUCAUAAUUUCUCCAAAUGAUCAGUGGCUGUUGUCGCAUCCCACAGUCUGUUGAAAACACUAAUAUACCAGUUAUGUUACGUGCAUCUGUCCAUGAGGGAUUAGUGCCUAAUGAACACGACCCAGGACUCAGUAUAAUCCGUCUUCUUGCUGUCUGAAGUCGUUUGAUUGCAGCCGUCCAGAGAAGUGGCAGCAAGUCCAAAGUAGACGAAUACCUACCCUUAAGCGCAGGUAUAGGCAGUUUGGCAGAGUGUCUCACAACACUUUAAAUGGUUGACUAAUGUUUAGGGGUUGAGAAAUGUAUUUGUUUUAUUUACAGCAUCUAGAGAUCUUUAUUGAACAGGUUCAUUGUAAAUUAGAUUUUUUUUGAGCUGCAACUCCAAACAGACUUGGGCAUUAUCAUGUACAGUACAGUCUAGGUGUUGACUGAUACAUGCAAAACUUUUAUUUGUCACCAAUGGUGAUCAAUAAGAACUACUGGCAGUAUAUUAAAGAGAACAGAAUCGAUAGAAUUUACAAAAUUAGUAGCGUAAAAGCAAACCUUAAUGAAUUACAUUUACAUUUUAGUCAUUUAGCAGACGCUUUUAUCCAGAGCGACUUACAGUAGUGAAUGCAUACAUUUAGUUUAUUUUUAUACUGGCCCCCCGUGGGAAUCGAACCCACAACCCUGGCGUUGCACACACCAUGCUGGCGUUGCAAACACCAUGCUCUACCAACUGAGCCUCAGGGAAAGGCAUGAACUCAAUGAACUCAAGCCUCAAGCCUGUCUAUGCUGCUACCCGUUUAGUACAGAACUACUGUAUCUUUAUUUUAAUGGAAGAAAUUAGUCUGUGUUUGAACUUGUAAAUAUCUCCACACUGCCUUGCAUUCCCAAGGCAGUGUGGAGUUGGUCAAUAUCUGUUGAUAAUAAUCACACUCCAUUUAUUUAUUGUCAAAUUCUGUUUAAUUUAUUUUGAAACGGGCCAUAAGGGAAGAUCUAGCCAUUUAGCUGAACUUUAGUUUAUUUGAGAGAGAAUGGGGACUUCAAAUCUACGUGAAGUCCCUAGGGUUACAGGUUUGUGGUUGAAUCGGAAUUGGAAACUGUCUGCAUUAAUCAAGGGGAAGUGGAAAUGGAGAUACUUACCAUCCAUAUGGUGCGCAGCAGACUUUACAUCGUGAAAAGUUAUUUCAGACUGUGAAAUAAAUGGAUGAAUCCCAAAUGCAUUUGUGACUGCAGAAAGAGCUAGAGAUGUUCUGCUACCAAAUAAUUGUUCCACCACUACAGCAUUCAAUCAUUUUGUAGGUGUACAAUAUGUGCAAACUGGUGCAGUCAAAUUAUUUACACUAAUGCACCAUGAGUUUGAAAUGUUAUCUGUGACGUGAGUGACAUUGACACCACAGGAGGUUGGUGGCACCUUCAUUGGGGAGAACGGGCUUGUGGCAAUGGCUGGAGCGGAUAGGUGGAAAUGGUAUCAAAUACUUCAAACUAUUGUUUCCAUGUGUUUGAUGCCAUUCCAUUUGUGCCUUCCAGAAAUGCAACGUUUUUGUAAAGAUAUUAACUGCUUUGACACAAUGUCAAACUUUUUUGUAUGUGAUUUGGGAGCAUAGUUUGUUUGUAGUGUGAUCUUUGCCUUUGUCACUCUUCCAAUGUAUGUGUGGCAUUAAGCCAUGCCUGGAAGUCAAAUACAUAAAUGGUUUGUUUUUACUUUGUAUAUAUGUUAAUAAAUUGUAUAAUUAAAGAUGUAUAAUGACAAAGUGGGCUCUGU